ACGUUCCGGCAACGUUGUCGACGUCCGCACGUGUUCUCGCGCGUUUUACGUCUUGCGCCAACGUAAAAUAUUCCCUAUCACGAAGUUUGAUAAUAUUGUCACGCCGUAUGACUGAUAACAAUACCGAAUCGGUUAAAAUGAUGUUUACAUGAUGCUCAACAACAUGCCGAAUUUAUUCGCACGCUUACGCCGUGACCGUGUCAGUACGGAUUUUUUUACGUUCAAUAUUCACAAUAUUUUUCCGAACAACUUUUUGUCCGACGUUCAAGUUGCCGUCCACACAGGUUUUGCAUUUUUCAGUGUCUCUUUUUACAAGUAAAACGUUUUCGUUUUUUUUUUUUUUUAAAAAAUAAAUUUUGCCGAUACAACAAUCUUAAACAUCGAGGAGCUUGUCAGCAAAAUAUUUUAAUCGUCUAAGCUAUGGAAACGGUUCAAAUUUUCAAAUUCUUAAAUGAUCUAAAAACGUCAUAAAUUUUAAUAAAAAUCGGAAUUGUGAAAGUAUUAAAAAUUGUCAAGAUGAAAAACUUCUAUGAUGUGCGAACUUAUGUUUUUAUUUCUGUGGUUUCUGCAACUGUUUGGAUAACAAUAUCAAUUUUAUCUAAGAAGAGAAUUAAAAGGGAGCAAAAUAAAAAAGACCAAAUAACGAUACCACUCAUAGUGAUAACUGGUUGUGAUACGGGUCUUGGAUAUUCAGUUGUAACUAGAUACUUAAAUAAUAGAAAUAGUAAUGAAAAUCGGAACACAAAUAGAAUAUAUAAUUGGUUCAAAUGUAAAAAGUUAAUAGUCCCGCCUAAGAUUGCUAUUGUUGCGUUUUGUUUGAAUUCUAAUGGAUCUGGUGCUAAACGUUUACAUCAACUGUCCGUUAAUAAUAAUGAAAUUCAACUGUUUAUUAAACAAUUGGAUUUAACUAAUACAGAUUCAAUAAAAAAUGGUGUAGAUUUCAUUUCUGAUUUACUUCAGAGAAACGUAGAUGAAAAUGGUUAUUAUAAAUAUGAAUUACAUGCACUCGUUAACAAUGCGGCACGAAUGGUGAUGGCAGAAUAUGAGUGGCAGACCUUCCAAAUGAUUCAACAACAGUUUAAUAUUAACGUUUUAGGUCCAAUCAUGUUAACUGCUCAGUUAUUGCCUAAAUUUCGAAAGGAUAAAAGUCGUGUGAUCAAUAUAAUAAGUCACUGUGCUUAUCUCCCACUACCUGGGGUAUCUAUAUAUGGAGCUACAAAAGCUGCUAUUCGUGCAUGGACAGUUGGAUCGAGAGUUGAACUUGAACAUCAUGGGAUAAGAUUAAUUACAUUUUCACCGGGGUCAUUUUAUCUUUAUUCUUCCAUUAUGAGCGGUCAUCAACGAUUAAUCGAUUUCAAACAAAUGCAUGAAAGUAUGGACAGUGAACAGCUGGCUUAUUAUGGUACUUAUUUUGAUGCUUAUCAAAAUUACUUGAGCACAAUUGAUCCAUAUAUUCAACCACCGGAAAUAACUAUUCCGAGCAAUCAUCUAGUUUACAGCGAAAUGGAUCACGCAUUAUGGUCAGCACAGCCCAAAGUCGAAUAUAAAGUACCAGAACCGUGGCGAUAUAAAGCAUAUUUUAUUAUGGCUUGGAUAUUAUCAGCAUUUCAUUUGUACCAUAUUAGAGAUAAGGUCGUGCGUCGUUUUGUGGCCACACCACAGUUUAAAAAUUAUGACACGAAUUAAUAAGUAUGUGAUUGGAAAAGCCAGUCCAAACGGCAAUAAUUGGAACUUAUACUAAACACAAAUAAUUUGAGUAAUGAACAGUAUUUUGAUGGCGGUAAAAACGAUUAGAGAGUACUAAAAGCCAGAUGAAAAGAAAAUUGAACAAUACUACCCAUUUAAUAAUAGUAAUACAUAUAAAAUAAAAUAAAUAAAAAAAUAAAUUAAGUCUCAAAAAACA